CAACUUGUUAUAUAUUAUAUUAUAUUACAGAUUUAAAACUAACAAGGAAUUGUAGAUAUCACCAUCUUCUUGGGCACACACAGUCUGGCGUAUAUGAGAUAAACCCUUUUGGUAACGAGACCAGUGUCAGCGUGUAUUGUGACAUGGUGAAUGAAGGAGGAGGGUGGACAGCUAUCCAGAGACGUGUGAGUGGAUCAGUGAGAUUCAACAGAACGUGGGCGGAAUACAAGGAUGGAUUUGGUUUCCCUAAUGAUUCUUACUGGAUUGGAAAUGACGUCAUACAUCAACUUACCAAGAGAAGGAACUCCUCCCUCUACGUAUCUAUCACACUGACUAAUGGGAAGAGGCUCUAUGAAUUAUACAACCAGUUCUCUGUUGCUGACGAAACCAACAGCUACCGACUUUUUCUUGGAGGACCAGCUACCGGGACCCUGGGUGACUCUAUGUCAGAUACAGGUUCUUCUUACUACGAUCUGUCUGGGAUGUCCUUCAGUACCCCAGACAGAGACAAUGACAAGUGGAGUGGUAACUGUGCUGCUGACAGUAACAAUAGAGGAGGCUGGUGGUUUAACUUCUGUAACCACGCCUUCCUUAACGGUGAAUGGUCCCCGGAGUUAUGGGGCCGGUCAUGGUAUCCCACAGUGACUGGUAGUAAACAGAUAAAAGAUACCCUCAUGAUGAUCAAACCUAACUGA